GGCCAAGGCACGCAGCUUCGGUUUCCUGUUAGAGUGAUUGGCUAUCUGGCGACACACUUGCAGUCAGGCGCCCAGCUUAGUGUAUUGCCAACCAGGAGACACAUUUGCCGUCAGCCACCUAGCUUAGUGCGAGUGGCUGCCAGUAGACAAUCAUCAUCCGGCCAAGAUGAGUGCAAGAAAGUGGUUGUCAGUGAUGCUGCUGGUUGUGGGGCCGUUGACGUUAACUACAGCUCAACUACAGCCUCAGGAUGACGAAUAUGAAGUUUCUCUGGACUUGAGUUUGUCGGCGGGGACGGAGGACAUCUCAGCCCGUUGGAACGAGGUGCCGGAGGCCAGCAGCUACAGCAUCACCUGGACUCCGGAGGACAACGGUGGGACGGCCACUGUCAACGGAAGUAGCAACACUCAAUACAGUAUCAAAGGCCUCAAGGCGUGUACUGACUACACCGUCACUGUCCAGGCCAUUAAUGAGACCGACGCCGGUGAUUCUGAAAAUGCAAAUGCAACCACGAAAGCAAAAGAUUCCUUAGCGGUCAAGAACUUGACAGUGGUCAAUGACAAAAAUGACAUGACAGUGCUCCUGGCAAGUUGGACCCAGCCUUCGAAACCCGGCAACUGUGAUGUGUAUUACAAAAUAUCGUGGAAUGACAGUAUCAACGCCAUGACUGACGAAGUGCCUGAGAUAAGUAACUACACCAUCGUUGGUUUGACCCCGUGCACACGCUACGUGGUGGGGGUGACGACCAGAACGUCUGAGAACUACGCUGUUUGGCAGUACCAGAAUGCUACUACAGGCUCGCUGGACUUGGGUUUGAGAGCGGACAUGGACGAGAUCUCGGUGUCUUGGAGUGCGUUGUCGGACGCCACUACCUACAACAUCAACUGGAGCCCUGAGGACAACGGUGGGGCGGGCUCUGCCGGCAGCGACGAAACCAAUUAUAACAUUUCAAGCCUUGAGAAGUGUACUUGGUACACCGUCACUGUCCAGGCGAUGGAUGAAAAUAACCAGGUCUUAUGUUCCAACAAUGACAGCAUCAGGACGGAUAAAGAUUUGUUGCAGUUGAGUUUGUCGGCGGGGACGGAGGAUAUCUCAGCCCGUUGGAACGAGGUGCCGGAGGCCAGCAGCUACAGCAUCACCUGGACUCCGGAGGACAACGGUGGGACGGCCACUGUCGACGGAAGUAGCAACUCUCAAUACAGUAUCAAAGGCCUCAAGGCGUGUACUGACUACUCCGUCACUGUCCAGGCCAUUAAUGAGACCGGUAAUGUUGGGUGUUCGGAGACCAGCUCAAGAAUCACGAAAGCCAAAGAUUCCCUAGCGGUCAAGAACUUGACAGUGGUCAAUGACGAAAGUAACAUGACAGUGCUCCUGGCAAGUUGGAUCCAGCCUGCGAAACCCGGCAACUGUGAUGUGUAUUACAAAAUAUCGUGGAGUGACGGUGACAACACGAAGGAAGCCGAAUUGACUGACAUAAGUAACUACACCAUCGUUGGUUUGACCCCGUGCACACGCUACGUGGUGGGGGUGACGACCAGAACGUCUGAGAACUACGCUGUUUGGCAGUACCAGAAUGCGAGUACAGGAGAAACUGAGUUGCUGGACUUGAGUUUGUCUGCGGAAACGGAAAACAUCACAGCCCACUGGAAUGAGAUGCCGGAUGCCAGCAGCUACACCAUCACCUGGACUCAGGUGGACAACAAUGAGACAACCACUGUCGACGUUGUGAACAGUACUAUAUAUACUAUCGAAGGUCUCAUGCCGUGUACCGAGUACAGAGUCACUGUCCAGGCGAUGAAUGAUACCGGUAAUGACGGGUGUUGGGAUACCGUCAAGAAACACACAAAAACCAAUGCUCCAGAAUCUUUUAGAGCUGAAAGUAUUAAAACGAAGAAGGUUACCUUGUCUUGGAGUGACGCCAACACGGAGUGCCAGGCACUGGGGUACCAGCUCUCGUACGGCACUACAGUGGUCAAUGUGUCCGCCAACACUCACCAGUAUACUGUGACGGGCCUCAAAGCUAAGAAGUCAUACUGCUUUUCUCUGAAGACUGUCACCAACUCUGGGGAGAGUGAGAACGUCUCCCUGACAAUAAGUACCAAGGUGGACGGCGUAGCUAUCGGCGUCGGGGUCUCGGUCGGGGUCCUGGUGGUGGUGGUGGCUGCUGUACUUGGAUACAUCUACAGAGAUAAGCUGAGGUGCUCUCGAGAGACAAAAAAAGACGUGAUAAUGUGAACAUAACAUCACCAGGAGAAAGUCUUCAAGUUCUAGGAAAGUUCUUCAAGUUCUUCAAGUUCUUCUAUUUCCUGCCCGAAACGCUUUGCGUAAUAGUGGCUUUAGGCAUUGUAUGUACUAGCUCUUAUCUAUAAAGCCAACAAACUUUGUAAAAUCUCUUUAUGUAUGUACCUUUGCCCAAAUAAAAAUUAUUAUUAUUAUAUUCUACGUGGCUUAACAGCAUAAAAUAUCAUUAUCAUUAUAUCAUUAUCAGCCUAUCAUUAUGAUGAAUAAUUUAAAAUAAACAGGGAAAACUAUUUAAAAUAUAUUUAUAACAUUAUCAAAUUUAUAAUAUGUUAGAAAUUCCUUCCAUUUGGAAGAAUUGUUAGACUGAAAACGCGUGAUUUAAUCCUGUUUUACUUAUAUUUAUUUCUUGAAGUCUGAGGCUAUGUUCUGAAUGAUAUUGUAUACAAACAUUUUGGUUAUACAUUAACAUGUUGUCGACAAACGUUUCGAUCAGCUGACAACUGUAAACUCAUUGGUUCUUCUGAUUAUAUAUUCACCCUUAUCUAUGUUCACUAUAACAUUAUCUCUCGCUUCCCAAGCACAGAUACUCGCUCUAACUUGAAAAUAAUAGUGAUUAUGGUAAUUGUUAAUUUUUCUUCAAAUUAACUACACCAGUUUAUAUUACUUCUUGAAUGUUUACUGUAAAUAUAUGUUAAUACUCUUUACUUAACUGGCCAGUAUUAUAUCAUAUAUAAUUCUUUACUUUCCUCAUUACUUGUCAGUUAUUAACAUUAAUAAGUUUGUUAUUUUCUGUAGCUUAAUAGCUACUGAGUGUUAAAUAUGACCCAUUUUAGCACGUAACUGGUUUUAAUGUUAAUACAGUUAAACAAUGUUCAUUUUGGGAUUGCAAUAGAAUUUCUUACGAUGUUUUGUGGAAGAUGUUUGUGUUGGAGGCUGUGUUGGGAUCACGAGACAAGAUACUGCUGUUGAAAGCACAAAAUGAAGUGAUAACUGAAUCAUAUAUAGGGGGAAUAAAUGCCCUGGACAGCAAAAUAAUUUAAUAAAUUCAUGAUUAACAUAUCAGCUUUUAGUUAAUCUUUCUCUGGAUUCCACACAUUGUACAAAUAAAUGUAAAAAUGCUAA